UUUUCAACUAUACUCGCUAUAAUGGCAGCUUCCAGGUUGGGGAGUUUAUGUUCGCUCAAUCUGUUGAGAGUAAGUUGCUUUCAACAAGUUUGGCACAGUGCUCCUGUUUACAGAACUACGCUUACACAUUUACCCAGAAAAUCUCAAUGGCGGACUCCUUUGCGAAAAUUUCACCAAAGAAGCAGACGCCGAGAUGAUUUAAUUGAAAUAAAAAAUGGAUAUCCUACCUACCGAGACCUUUUAAAACCAUUAGGUUUUACUAUUAUGUUCAGUGGAGCAUGCUUUGCUGGCAGUAUGGUAUGGCAAUAUGAAUUGACACGUUUGAAGGCAAAAAAAAUCAUUAGUAACUGGAUUUCAAACGAAGGAAGAGAUAUAUUCUACCCCAAAUCCCACAGCUUUCGUUCACAUCUAAAUAUGUGGUGGAACAGUCUCAGUGAUGGACAGAAGUAUGUAGUUAGCAUUAUUGGAGCAAAUGUUCUUGUGUUUCUAGCAUGGCGAUUGCCAUCUGCACAACCUACCUUGAUGAAAUACUUCUGCAGUAAUCCAAACUCUGCGGCACCAUGCUGGUCAAUGCUUCUGUCAGCAUUUAGCCAAUACAACUUUAUGCAUUUGUUUACUAAUAUGUAUGUCCUCUGGUCAUUUUCAAAUGUAGCAUUAAAUUUAUUUGGAAAAGAACAAUUCCUUGCCUUUUAUCUGAGUUCUGCCACGGUUGCCUCUCUGCUCAGCUACUGUGUCAAGAUUACCCGAUGCCAAUUUACACCUUCUGUUGGUGCUUCUGGUGCCCUGAUGGCUGUUCUUGGAGCUGUCUGCCUUACUUAUCCUAAUGCACAAUUAUCAAUAGCAUUCAUUGGUGAUAUCAUCCCUCAUUCUUUUUCAGCUGGUGCAGUAAUGAAAGUAAUCAUUGUCUUUGACACAAUUGGUGUAUUAGCUGGCUGGAAAUUCUUCGACCAUGCAGCUCAUCUUGGAGGCAUGCUAUUUGGACUAUGGUAUGUGACAUAUGGUAAAAAACUGAUCUGGGAACAGCGUGAAUCAGUACAGAAAUGGUGGCACCACAUUAGAGGAGAUCCUUGAAAAUUACACAUGUACACAAACUCAAAUUGUGAUAUAUUUGUCAUUUUGUUGGAAUUACGAUAAUCUUACACUAUUACAAUUUUUUAAUAUAUAAUUUAUUCCAAUAAAACAUAAAAGUAUUUCUCCACAAGAUUUCUACCUUUAAAAAAGUUAA